GCAGCAGUAGUUCUUUUUUUUUCUCUAAGCUUUGCUCGGAGACAUUUUCAUAUGUAGGACAUGCCAAUCACGGUACCACUUUUUACAAAUGCAUGGGAUAAUCAGGCAGCUAACUGGUUCAACUUGAAGGACAAUAACCUACACGUACACUUUUCUCCAAAUAACAAUGCACAUUUUGGAAGUGGGCCAGCCCCCCUGAGCCGUGCAGUGUAGCCUAACACUUUGCAAUAAUUGUGCUUUGAGUUUGGGCAGUGGUAUGAGCAGAGGUACAACAUUGGAAUUGAGUCAGCUCCCGAGCAGUUGUUGAGCAACAGCAAACCACUUCAAGUCCUGUCGUCGAUGUUCUCGCCUGCUACGUGGGAAACAGAUCCGUGCUUGUGAAUGAUACCUACACUCUUCAACUCAUCCCAGGAGCAACGCCAUCUGCAGGAAAAAUGGCCCUGGGUGUCAGAAGAUUGGAAGGAAGGAUUAUCUUGGGACUGUCUUCUAAUUAGUUCUCAGGGACUGAAAUACCCUGUACUUUGUAAUGUAUUCCUUCCCAUGCUCUUUCCUCACGCUGACAAACAUUGGACCUGGGCAUGUUUUAACAUGGAUGAAUAAUUUAUGAUGCGUUUUCUUUAGAGAUUCUUGCUGAAUCUGAUGUACUUUUGAUCUCAGGCCCUCCCAUCUCACUAAGAAGCUCUCCUGGAUCUGACUGAGCAGCUCUUGUCUCAAGAAUUCUUUUCACAGUAUUGUUUGAAACAAUUUGUUUGCCAUUGAUGGUUAACUUUUCAACAAUCCUGGAAGUAUGUUAUGGAACCUUGUUUUUCAAGGCUUUUAAAGCCAUGGGGUGCAUCAUAAAAAAUGUAGACAACAUAUAAAACAGACAAACAAACAACUGAACAAGCAAACUUCAUAAGUCGCAAAGGCAUAGAAAAGGCACACGUGAAUGUACAUGUACAUGGUACUUUCAGAAUCAGCAAAUCAGUUGUUGGGCAGUUUCCGUGUGAAUCUCUGUCCUGUAUACAUGCAUAUUGAGGGUCAACAUUGCUUCUUGGACACCUUGAAUCCGGCACAAUGAGCUCUUAUCGAUACUACCUGGUUGAAAGCGACAACACAGAGGGAGUCCAAGAUACCCAGAAUGGAAUGACGUAUUUUCUCCCUCCGGACACGGAGCAGCUGUUCACGCUUCAGCCUCGUUUUUGGAAGGAUGAAAAUGAGGCGUGCAACCUCCAGCCCCAGGACUUGAUAGAUUCUAAGAGCCACACAUUCAAGACCAAGGUUUUCAAGCAUCCUAACACCUGUCAGGUCUGCAAUGAGGUGAUAUGGAAUGAAGGUCGGACCUGCAGAGUGUGCAAGUAUGCGUGCCAUAGGAAAUGUGAGUACAAGGUCACAGCAGCAUGUAAGCCAUCAGUAAAUUAUGCUCUGCCCAGCAACGGUGACACCAGACCGCAACAAACUCAACUGAAAUUUAGCAGCCCACCCUUAGACAGUAAUAGGAACAAAAUGACGGCUCACGUGCACGCAGAGGUGGCAAAGCACCCCAGUGGCGGGGAUGCCUAUAUCAGGUAUUCAUUUGAUCUGGAUGUGGAUUACAUCACAGAAAGGCUGAUAGCUGUGUCUUUUCCAGCGGGUGGAUUGGAGGCCCAGUAUCGCAGCAAUCUGCGGGAUGUAGUGAGAAUGCUGAGAAGCAAGCACCAGGACAAAUAUGUUGUCUUCAACUUGUCCCAGAGACGGCACGACAUCAACCAACUCAAUCCUCAGGUGUAUGAUCUUGGCUGGCCGGACCACUUGGCUCCAUCACUGGAGAAGCUUUGUAGCAUCUGCAAGCACAUUGAGACAUGGUUAAAAGCUGACCCUCACAACAUAGUAGUACUCCAUUGCAAGGGAGGGAGAGGUCCCAUUGGAGUGGUGGUGUUGGCUUACAUGAACUACAUCAAUAUCACCUCAAAUCUAGAGACAGCAAUGGAUCGGUAUGCCAUGAAGCGUUUUAUGGAGGCCAAGACAGAGUCUGCCAUGCAUCCCUCCCAGCACCGCUAUGUCAACUACUUCACUGGCCUCCUCACCAAGUCGAUACAGGUCAAUAGCGCCCCGCUCUUCCUGCAUCAUGUGCUGAUUCAUGGUGUGCCCAACUAUGACAUCAAUGGAGGCUGUAGACCCUUCCUGAGAGUAUACCAAGGAAUGCAGCCAAUCUUCACAUCGGGAGUUUACUCGGUGCCAGAGGGAACUAGCCGGUUUGCUGUCAGUUUAGACCAGGCUCUGCCCAUCAGGGGCGACAUACUGGUCAAAUGUUACCACAAGAAAUUCCGCGCCACCACACGCGACGUGGUCUUCCGUUGCCAGUUCCACACAACGGCCAUCAUGGAAUGCCGGCUUGUCUUCCAGAAGAGUGACUUGGACGAUGCAUGCACUGAUGCUCGGUUCCCUGACUUCACCAAGGUGGAGUUUAUAUUUUCCCACACGCCUGACCAACUUCAUGGAAGUGACUAUGUACCUGGGAACAACUUUCCAGUGGAUGAAAGGAAUGAUCCGUUGAUCCGCUGGGACUCUUACGAGAACUUUGACAAAACCGUAGAAGGAGGAGACUAUACCCCUGAGGUGAUUGAUUUAUCAGUCAGUAUGAACAACAACAUCCCCCAUAGUUCAGCUCCUGACGGCAGCCUGUAUGCCGAAGUCCAGAAGACACCCAGUCCCAUACAGCAAGAAAAGCUGUUCUUCACCAGCCCCAGUUCGUCUGGCCCAACUUCGCCUGUGGGAUCAAACCAACUGCUGCCCGUGAUACCCAAUGCCCUGGACUUUGAUACCGGCCCACGCAGCUCCAUGCAGACCACCCAGCUGGCUGUCUUGCGGGCAAAGAUGAACGCCCAGAUGGAUCCUAGCUACCAGACCAUCAAACGGCGGACCCCCAGCCCGCGUACUCCGACUAGUGACCCUCCGAGCCCCAUCCAGCCCCCGACCCCCUCUGUUCAGUUUGCAAACGGGCCCCAGCAACCCAACAACGUGGAGCUGUCCAACGGACCAGAGUCUUCCAAAACUUUGGCUGCGCAGCGGAGGGAGAUGAAUUACAAGGAGAAGAGAGAUCUUGAUGAUUUGUUACGGGGUAUAGGAGAGGACGUACCAGCCCUUAGCAGUCCUGAUAGCAUUGGAUCAGGAGAGGUUGGAGAGAAAAGGAAGAUUGUAGAUGUUCAAGCUCAGAUGUCACAUCUUCCUCCUCUGGAGUCGCGACAUUCUCCAACCGCCAGGGUCCACCAUCCCCAGAGUCACGGUGUGCAAGGAGAGCUUGAAAACCCCUAUGCUGAAAUUAGUGAUGCAGUACCCAAACAGGACCAGUUGCACGGCCAAGUGAGAAAGCAAGAUCCUCUGGAGGAGAAAAUCACCCGCAGUCAGGUUGGAGAAGUUGAAAGCUCCAGAAUACCUGAUGUACAAGUGCACAGGACUGCACAGUUGCAUGACAACCCAACCUAUGCCGUGACGAAGGAAAGUAAGCAAUACACACCUGACAGUAGGCCACAUGAUGUUGCAGACCUUGGACAUGGCAUGACCCCUGGACAGCAACUGAACACUUCUCCAGGCUACCCCUCCAGCGCCAAGCAUUCAGACAUUUGGCAGCCACAGCCACUCAGAGCCAAGAAGGAGCAGCUCAUGUACAUAUACCAGGAGGAUCCGACAUCUCCGCUUGGACCGGCUGCAUCUCCCUCCCCUGGGGAUAAUGCAGUCAAGCUCCCGGAAGGCAGUGAUAUGACCAAAACACCCACGGGCAGCAAUCGAACAUCGUCAGAAAUCGGGGAUGAUGCAAUGACGUGGCUUCAGCGGCAACAACAGAAGCUCAAAGAGAAACGUCUACGAGAAGAGGCUGUCACUCAGCCCACCUACCAGACCCCUAAAAGGGAACUCCCCAAGGCCCCGGAACCCAGACAAGAACCUGUCUUCGAGAAAGCCCCACAGGCUGUAGUACAGCCCCAGGUUCAGGCCCCGAGGGAGCAGAUGCCUACGGACAACCUUAGCUGGCUAGAAGAGAAACAAAGGGAGUUGCAGAUGAGGAGAGGACAGAUGGAUCCAUCCCCCAAGCCUUUAUUUAUUGACACAUCUCAUCCAGGAUCAUCCUAUGGCUCAUCAUUCUCCCCACCAAGGACUGACUUCUCAGGUGUUAGCACCAGCAGUGCUGCCAACGGCCCAUUGCCUCGACCUCAGUUAACAGACCUGGAGAAGUCUACCAACGAGCAGUUCUCACCCAAAGCUACUGCAGAUCCUGGCCCCCUCACACCGCCCAACACCUACGAGCAUGACAGCGGCCCACACGCCGAGGCAUGGCAGGCGCACCGACGACCUCUCAACAGACAGACCUCAGAUAUAACCUAUGACCGGGAGCAGCAGGUUGUCGUCAGGCAGCGCCUGGAUAUGGAGCGCGCUCCGCAGGCUCCGACGCACGGUGUAACGUCACUACCACCAGCAGGACCACACUCAACUACUCCCAAGGACAGUGCUGGCAGAUUUGUCAAUCACUCUCCAACUCCAUUCUCUGGGUCCCGCAACGACCGGACACGGGAUGAGACCCAGAAUAUGUCGCACCCCGCUCUCACUGGCCCAGCUGAGUCCUCCCCUGGCCUGUCACGGGACUCGGGCUAUGCUUCCUCCCUCUCCUCCACUGUGACUGGAACUGACCCGGUCAAGUCUGCCAGUGUCACGAGAGUCAUCAUUGACUCCGAUGGGAGCGAAACCACCACAACCACCUCGACGCAGACCCGAAAGAAGACCAUUCAGGUCUUCCCACAAACAGCAGGAUUUGACGUGAAGCAGCUCCCUGUUUUAUUUAUGCAAGAGAUUAGGAAGGACGAAAGUGGGGGUUUGCAGAGCCGACUGCUGGGGCUCAUGAAGGAAAAAGGUGUCGGGGGGAGUCCCACCUUAAAGCGAAAGCCAGUGUCUGAGACUUGCGGGCAUGAGACCAGUUAUAGAAAACCAGUUGUGGGUCAAACCAUGCUGCCAGUGGGGAAGGGAAACUCCCAAAUGGAAGGGGGAGGAUUACUUAAAACUGUGCUGAAGGAGUCACAAUCUCCUGCUGCUUCACAUGUGCUACCAUCCCACAAUCCAUCUCAAACUAUACCAAUAGUAGAAAUCACCCCAAUCACUUCAGCCGUCGCUUCUUCAUCUGUGCGAUCAUCUUCUAUUCAAUCCAUCCCAAAUCACCCUUCUCAGUCACCGCGAAUGUCCCGUUAUCAUUCCAUUCCAAGAAGCCAAAAGUCAAACCGACAUCCCAGGUCAGUAGACGACUCCCGUUUGAACCAAUCUGCCCCCAUGCAUGACUUGGCUCAGCAUUCAAACACUUUCAGAGUGUCUUCGCAGAAACAAAAGUCAACCAAGUCAACCCAAAGUCAGGUGCGAUCUCAGUCACUCCCGAGGAACCAAAUGUUCAAGAGGACCCUACACAGUAGCUUCCAAGACAAAAACCUUUCUAACACGCAUCAAACCAAGACCUCAAUGCCCCCUGGUGUGCCACACUUCACUUCUCCUAUUUUGGCUCCUGAAUCCGAUGCACAGCUUGGCAGAACUGUCACCCCUUUUGGUGGUCCAUUUUACCACUCUCUGCCAAGAGAUGGACCUCUGCACUGUUCUCGUAGGCGCAGUCACAAGCAAGAUUCAAAUUCUGCUUCUCAUGCAAAAUUGACCUUUGAUAGGGUAAAGACCACCCCCUCUGAAUUUGGCUCAUGUCAGCCAUCACAGAAACUUGCUAUUCAUGGGUCUCUGCCAAGGAGUGUAAGAUUUACUCAUGAUCACCUCCCCAAUACAGGGCUACGUUCAAUCUCAACCACUGGAUUUCCAAACUUUGCAUCCUCAACACCUCAGCCAAAAUAUGCCCAAUAUCCUGAUCCCAACUCUAAAGUUGAGCAUAGAAAGCAGUGUGUUCAAGUUUCAAAUGGGGAUAUCACACUUGAAGCAGACCCUGCACCAUUUAGAGAUGACACCCACCUUGUCCAAACUGCCCCUUCCUACAACUGGGUCAUGGACCGCAUUCAGACACUUCGGCACACCUCCCUUAACAGGCCAAAUUUUUUGUCAAGUGGCAAAGAAAAAUUAGACAGCGAAUGGGUAACUGGUGUAAAAUCUGGAUCGAUCAGCAAUGAGCAGCCUUUAGAUUUACAUGUAAGGCAGUCCAGUAGAAAUGCUGGAAGUUUUGAAAGGCAAGGAGUUGCUGAAAGGGUACGUGGUCGUCCUUUUGAUAGAUACUGGCAUAAGCUGGAGGGAGGGAGUGGCAGUCAGAGUCAGGAUGUAUGGCUAAGAAGGGAAGACUAUGAUGCUGACCAGAGGGAGCCCCGAGCACUGUCUGCUGACAGGUUAGGAACACGCAGCUCCAUCAGUCAACAGAGAGCUGUUCCAAGACAGACGCACAGUGGACAUCCAGUGGGAAGCCACAACGUGGGUACCGUCCCUACGCAGCACCUACAUGCACAAUCCAGACAAACUAACCAUAGCCCCACCCUGUCUAAUGCUAAACCUUCUAGUGAUGUAACACCGAGGGUGAUGGAGGGUGUAUCCAUGGGCCAAACUAAUCCCAAUGGUAACAUUAACCUAAUGGCCGGCCUGGAGGAUGCCAUUCGCAUGCUGUCGGAAGUUACUCACCUCCAAAGCAGAGACCCUGCAACAGCCAGGCCUUGGACCCUUAGACAUAACACGCAUGUGGCUGAUGUGCACAGAGUUGGUGAUCUAACUGGCCCUUUGAGGCAGAUUAACCCAGUUAACGGGUGGAUUGGCACCAAUGCUAAAUACCAGUCCAAUACACAACGCAGGCAACAAGCACCCCUACAGAACGCCUCUGGACCUGUCCGUGAUGCUUACAAGGUAGACCUGCAUAUUGAUGAGUCUAACAUGGAGGAUGCACUCAACCAUGAGGGAAGAGUAGCUAACAGGAUUGCUGAUAUCACAAGUAAGCAGAGCGAUCAGCCCAAGAGUCAGCCUCCUACUGGACCUCGAGUCAAACCUGCCAAAGUCAAGCAAGUGACGAGGCGUACCCCGUAUCAGUCUGGCUAUGACUCUGACUCGGCAAUUAAUCAGUAUUAUGAUCCACCCAGCAAUAGAGUUGGACGGGAAUCCCCGGAACGAUGGCUGCACAAUCCAGGUGGUCUACCUGAUCAUGAAAAUGAAUAUUGGGACCGGAUGGAAGGGCUGAAGACACCCAACCUCAAGGAGCAGUGGAUACGCAAACCAGAAUUUGACAUUGAAUCGUCCAAUGAGAGCUUGCCCAAUGGCAGUGUCACGCCCAAAUUUCCGGUUGGACCAAAGGCCUACAAAAACAUGAUAUGGACGCCACUUGCGACAGUACGCCCACCACACGGACCAGAUGAUCCAUACCCCCUCUCUCCUACCAGACACAACAACAGGGACAUCUUGGACACGACCGGUCUUCAUAUCAGUCCUGCUCAGCAAGCCUCCACCCAAGCUGCCAGUCCCGUGAAUGUCGAGGGUCCAACCAUGAAUGCCGCUCAGAGCACCACUCCGGCUACCCCCGAAGUCAUCACUGUCACCCAGAGGAGAAUCGUUCAGACAGAGAGAGUAUUUGACCAGAAUGGUUUACCCGAGGUGCUAUCCGGUCCCAGUGCAAAGGAGGCCACUGUGCAACAGCCGAUCAUGGCCAAGGUGGAACGGGUUCCCACCCCCGUGUCUCAGGUGGAGAGGAAGGCUGUCCAGAAUGGGCAGCACUACCCAGUGGAGGCCAGAGUGGAGCGAGUGCCAGUCGCAAGCGUACAGGAGUCCAGUGUCAAAGCCAAGCCUGUCAGCAUGCGCUACCCGGCAGGUGUGUUCCCCCCGUCGCCCAAGAAAGAGGUUACCUUCCAAGACGCCCGAGGGGGUGUGCCUGAAAGGCCGACCGGCCCACAGGCUCUUGUCGAAGAAAAAGAAAUAGUCCCGACGGUGAAAAAACCUGUCGAGGUGGCCCCUGUUUGGCCCAUUGAACUUGAGGUGCACAUCAAGAACGAGGGCAUAUCUCCAGCUGUUGGUGAGGUGCAGGUCAAAAGCGGUGUAGCCACACCUCCAAACAGGCCUCAGCAACUCUCCCCCAGCUCUCAGAACAGGACACAAUUUGUACAAGAACCACCCACGCAGCAGGAAGUGAUCAAGAAGGAGCAGACCGAACCAAAGUUCAGCUACCAGCUACAGAAUUUGGCCAGUCAGCCGCCUCCACCACUGUAUCCAACGUAUAGCGAUCGCAUGAAGAACCGACCCCCAGGACCAAUGUAUCCUACGUUCAGCGACCGGCACCGUAAGGCUGCAGCCGGCCGUGUGGAGGAGGUGUCACCUCAGGUUGCCAAUGGAUACCACACCAUGUAUGAUAACAGGGGAGUGGCCAAGGCCAAACGAGCAUCCACUGGCAGUGAAGGGAUGUGGCCAGCACAUCCCACUCACCAGCGCAAGGCAUCUGAUGGUAAUGGAGGAUCUUCACUCAGUGGCCGCACAACUCCAUCCAACUUCUACUUGAUGCAGCAGCCAUCACCGUAUUCAAGUUCUGUCUCGCUUGCUGAUACGAGUAUGGACAAGGUACGGUUUGUGAAGGACCUGUCUGCUUGGUGGUACAAGCCACACAUCUCCAGAGAUGAAGCCAUUGCAAUGUUGAAAGACAAGUGUCCCGGCCAGUUUGUGGUCAGGGACAGUAACUCCUUCCCUGGAGCCUUUGGUCUUGCCGUUAAGGUUGCCCAGCUACCACCCAAUGCUCCACCAAGCAAAAAAGCUACUGACCCAGCUAGUGAGCUUGUUCGUCACUUCUUGAUCGAGCCUAAUCCGCGAGGUGUUCGUCUCAAGGGCUGUGCUAAUGAGCCAAUCUUUGGCAGCCUGUCGGCACUCAUUUAUCAGCACACACUUACACAGCUAGCAUUGCCUUGCAAACUUCUGCUUCCUGAAUCAGAUCCGUCUGGUGUGGAUGCUACAGACAGUGCUAUUGACCCUAAGUCGGCUCAUGCCCUGCUGUCUCAGGGUGCAGCUUGUAAUGUCAUCUUCCUUGGAAUGAUGGAGAUGGAGUCUUUGACGGGGCCUUCCGCUGUACGCGAAGCCACAAAUCGAUUGAUUAACCUCAAGGAGAAGCCCAAGAGGGUCGUCGUUCACUUCAAGGUGUCACUGAAGGGAAUAACACUGACAGACAACCAGAGGAAGUUGUUCUUCCGUAGACAUUAUCCUGUUCAGUCAGUCCUGUACUGUGGAAUGGACUCAGGUGCAAGAAAAUGGAAAAGGAAAGAUGGGGUUGAUGAGACGCAAGCUAGGAUCUUCGGUUUUAUCAGCCGCAAGCCGGGCUCCAAGACGGACAACCAGUGUCAUUUGUUUGCCGAGUACGAGAUGGAACAACCAGCAUCAGCCAUUGUUAGCUUUGUAACCAAGGUGCUUCUGGGCUCUUCCGCGCAAUCCUAGUCUGCAAUACUGUGACAAACUGUGUCCAUUUUUUGUAAUCUCAACUUUAAUAGAAUUCUGCUCAAAUUCUCUGACGUCAUCCAUUACGAGUUCUCCCGUGCUGUGACGAAGACGUUACGAGCAUCUUACAUCAAGGAUAUCCCCUCAAAAUCAGGCUGUGAGACGGUUCAGGAUGACAGCCAGGUACAGAGGAAGGGAUUGACAAUACUCAAGGCACACAUGGCACAUUGGUAUGGUGGUAGUGAAUGUUGGCAGAAGGACCAGCAGAGCAGGCUUUUAAAUAUGGAUAAAUUUAAUGAAAGAAACGGGUAGUCUGUUUGAAUGGUGUAUUAGUGAUCAUGUAAAUAGAACCAAAUACAUGACAUGCAACAGAUUUACUGCCAAAUAUGUACAUAUUUUAAGUAUGACAAUAACUCUGGAUUUUGUGUACAUGCAAGUCCACAUUGAGAAACAUCCUAUACAUUUACAAGUAUUAUGCAAACUUUGUCAAAAGCGAACAAAACAAGCUCAACUCAAUUUAAAUGCAUAUUUUUGAAUUCUAAAUUAUGAAAAUCUAUAUUCUUAUCUAAUAGAAAAGGGUAAAAUAGUCCUGAAGACCUGUAUACGAAUAGGUUUCUCAUUUUCAUUGUUUCAGUUUGCGAGUGAUAUAUUUACUUUGCCAAAGGGUUGGACAUGUAGAUACAAUUAUGAGUGAAUGGAUUUGACUUUGUAUUCAGUCGGAAGUGUGCUGGAUUUAGAAAAUGUUUGUCAUUUGUAUUGCAAAAAUCUGAACAAAACAGUUGGCUUUGUUAUUACUUCUUAAUAGAAAAAAAUGGAUCAUACCUUACAAGUUGCCCUUCACAUAUCCUUCAGGACUGGAGAGAUAUUAAGGGAUUCUCUAGAUGAUACCUUGCUGUACACGUAUUUUGUUUUACUCUUGGAUUGUCAUGGAUGCGACUUGAUAGUUUGUGUCAAACUGUGGUAACACUGAGAUCAGUCCUGUUUUCCUUGUACAGUAAAAUUUGUCAUCAUUACAUUUCCUGCCCUAGCUUUGAGUCAUACAUGUAUGCAUGCUGGGGUAUAGAGCAUUUUUGCAAUAUGUCAUUUAGACGAGUAGCAGUGGUGUAAUCGACUUCAAAUUUUUGCUUGUAUUAAAGCAGAAAAAGUGAAAAUUUUAAUGAACAACUUCCAGCCUAUUUUCAUGCAUAACAUUUUAAUGUGCUUCUUAAAAAGCUGUCUAAAUGGGCACAUGUAGUUUGGUGUAUUGAGUUAAGCUUUUUUGGGAAUGAUAUUGAAACAUUUUCACAAGGCAAAUCAAAUAGAUUUCAACAGAUGCGUUUUGUUGCAGAUUAUUUUCAAAGGCCAACACCUUUUGUUAAGAAUAGACAGUAUAUAGAGACAUAACAUUGUUGCAUAUGAAGAAAUGCUCAAAAUGUUAUCGAGUACUGUGCAAAACACUGAAUUGAUGUUUGACAUCUUUCAAAUAUGUAUUCAAUUUUUAGGAAGGGACUGGUUUUGGAUUUUUAUUAUUGAAUAAAAGCCUUUGCUUAAUAACAAACAUUUAACUGAUUUGAAAUUUCUAAGUAAAAAUGUUAAAUCAUUUUUAUUGGAAUGGAAAAAAGAUCUUUAACUAUGAAUUUGUAUUUGUGAAGAAAAAUGAUCGAUUAAUUUCAGUUACGCUGCCAACAUUUUGCAUGAGAUUUGUUGUACAUAUUGAUUUUGUAGUCAGAUCUGACUGCAUUUCAGUAGGGUUACUGAAUUUUCAAUAUUGCUAUGGGACGGCAUGAUGUGAUUUGCAUAAAUUUAACAAAUAUGAGAAUAUUUUUUUAGCAUUAACUGUAGGUGAGACCAGUUACUCUUGCAGCAAUCUUCGUUUAAUUUCUACUGGAUGAACAUGCACCCAAAAAAGUACACAAACUAUAGACAAAAGAUCUAUUGACCGCUUCAGUCUACGAUUCUCCCUUGAAAUUCAUGAAGUUCAUGGAUUGGUACUGUCUAUCAAUGAAUGAAUUGAUGGGGGUAUACACAGCUCAAUAGGUUAUUUUCCUAUUUAUUUUAACUCUCAUGAAAAACCCAUUUGUGAUACCACAGACUCUCACUCUUAAUGAAGUAAAUAAAGGUGAAGAUUUUAUGAGUGUUUCUUUUGCUUUAUAAUUUCUUGUACCAAAUGACCUGGAUAUUAAAAAAAUUAUAUUAUUGGGAGUUACACAUGUAGGUCUUCAUAUGGGAAAUCCCUUUGUUGAUUGUCACGUUAUCUAAAUAUUAAUUUGACUUGCCUCAUUAAGUUUAUACUUAAUAAGUUAGAAAAUACAGAGUAAAAAGGGUAUCGUAAUAUUGUUUGGACUUUCAUUUCUUUCAGUUUGUUUUCUUUCAUCAGAAUUAUGGCUAAUUGUAUUAACAUGCAUUGUACAUGAAAUGUUUUAAUGCUGACAAAACCAUAUUGUUGAUUUGUGAGGAAUUCAUAUCUUGUUAUAAUCACCGCUUUGUGAGACAUUACAUGUACAUCUAUUGUAGACUGGUUAAGGUCAACCACCUAGCUGUCAGCAUUAUUUAUUGUGCCUUCUUACCCAGUAGUAACAUUUAAAAGCACCACCAGGCUAGGUUACUUUAGCCCCAAAUGAUAUGAAAGUCAUAUACUAAUGGCAACAUCAGCUUCUGCUUGAAGCUGCACCACAAGGCUAUGCAAAGGCUCCAUUGUAAAUACAUAUUUAUAUCGUGCUCGGCGAAGAAAGCUACAAAACACAUGUAGGCCAAAUUAAGCCCAGUGUUGCAGUUCACCAGUGUGGCGCAUAUACCAGAUGAGAAUUAAGUUAUCAAGAUGACAGGUUCCCAAUUGCGUAUCUUGUCACAAAGAAUAUUUGAAAUUGUUUGAUAUGACUUAGGACUGAAUAGUUAGUACGCGCUGUACUUUCCUGGGAUAGAUGUUAAAUGUGCAAUUCCCCAACACCCACACACUUUGUACCUGUACUGUUACACCUCAGUAUUUAUUUGUUUAGUCCAACAUGACUGUUGAAAACUCGCCACCCAAAAGUAACCUAAACAGCAGUGUAGGUUCAACAAGAUAAAUGAAAAAUCACACUUUUAUCAUGGCACUUCCGAUUUUCAGAACUAUUCGAUUUGUCAGGUUUUUUAAAUAGACUUUAAUGAUCCUUGAGCAGAAGUUAGCUGAAACAACCCAAAUGUUUGUGGGUGUGUCGUUUUCUACUGAAAUUAACCAAAUAUUUAAUGAACUUUUUUUUUAGUGCAGACUGAAUGUGACAACUAACAUCCUAUUAGUAGCGACUGCAAUUCUACCGGUGUUUUAGUCACCUUUAAUUACAGCAUUAUUUACCAUUAAUACACCUGUGGCAGUUUUUAGAUCCUUCCUUGAUGGUACUUCAAGCCUGUUAUUCUGUAAAAAUGCCCAAUUACUUAAUAGACCCCAAUGUGUUGAAUAAACGUGAAUUUACACUUUCAAGCAUUCAA